GGAGCCUUCAUUCGUCGUCGAGGUCCAGUCGGUGCGCGUGCGCCCACGUAAAUUCGUGAAUAUUCGGCUUCAUCUUUAUAAACAUCAGGGAUGGCCGAGGCACAUCAGGCAGUAGCGUUCCAGUUCACUAUAACUCCUGAGGGGAUAGACCUGCAGCUCUCUCACGAGGCUCUGAGACAGGUUUAUCUCUCCGGACUUCGCUCCUGGAAGAAGCGUGUCGUCCGCCUAAAGAAUAAUGUGAUUACAGGUGUCUAUCCUGCCAGCCCGUCCUCCUGGCUCUUUGUGGUUAUAGCCAUCCUGGCCACCAUGUACACGCGCUCGGAUCCGUCCAUGGGCCUUAUCGCUAAGAUACAGGAGCACCUGCCGGCCAGUGGCUCUUUAAGCGUUCAGUGUCAGACGGUGGUCUCGGCCGUGGUGUUCAGCACUCUGCUCUGGCUGUCCCUCAUAUUCACCAUGAAGCUGUGUCUAAAGCAGCUGCUCUCCUACCACCGCUGGAUGUUUGAGCAGCACGGCAACAUAUCCACAACCACAAAGAUCUGGGUGAUGUUGGUGCGGAUCUUCUCUGGUCGUCAGCCGCUGCUGUAUAGCUACCAAGGUUCUCUGCCUAAUCUACCUGUUCCUGCUGUCAAAGACACAGUCAAAAGGUACCUGGAGUCAGUCCGUCCUCUGAUGAUCGACUCGGAGUUCGAGAAAAUGACGACUCUCGCACGAGACUUUGAGCUCAGUCUGGGGAGCCGCCUUCAGUGGUAUCUCAAGCUCAAGUCCAUGUGGGCCUCCAACUACGUGAGUGACUGGUGGGAGGAGUACAUCUACCUCAGAGGUCGCGGCCCCAUCAUGGUCAACAGUAACUACUAUGGCAUGGACUUUAUGUUUGUGACCCCGACCCCGAUCCAGGCGGCCAGAGCGGGGAACACGAUGCACGCUUUGCUCCUGUACCGCAGGAAGCUGAACAAGGAGGAAAUCAAACCUAGCCGUAUCCCUGGCACUUUCAUUCCCCUGUGUGCGGCUCAGUGUGAGAGGCUAUUCAACACCACACGAACGCCAGGAGUGGAGACGGACACUGUGGUGCACUGGAACGAUAGUGAGCACGUGGCCGUGUACCACAGGGGGCGCUAUUUCCGUCUGUGGCUCUAUCAGGCAGGCAGGAUGCUCACCCCACGGGAGAUCGAACAGCAGAUCCAGCGUAUCCUGGAUGACAAGUCUGCUGCAGCACCAGGCGAAGAGAAGCUGGCAGCAUUAACUGCAGGGGACAGAAUUCCAUGGGCUGAAGCCAGGAAGGAGUUUUUUAGCUCUGGCAUUAAUAAAAGGUCUCUGGAUUGCAUCGAGAAGGCUGCAUUCUUUGUCACUCUGGAAGAUGAGGAGCAAGGCAUGAUGGGAGACGACCCAGCCGCUAGUAUGGACCGCUACGCCAAGUCUCUCCUUCAUGGAAAAUGUUAUGACAGGUGGUUCGAUAAAUCGUUUACCCUGGUGAUGUAUAAGAACGGGAAGAACGGCUUGAAUGCUGAGCACUCCUGGGCCGACGCUCCCAUUGUCUCGCACAUGUGGGAGUAUGUACUGACUAUGGACAGUUUCCAACUGGGUUACAAUGAAGAGGGACACUGCAAAGGUGAUGGGAAUCAGUCUCUGCCCCACCCCCAAAGAUUAGCCUGGGACAUUCCUUCGAAGUGUCAGGAGCGUAUCACCCAGUCUCUCUCAGUAGCAGAAGCCCUAGCCGAUGACGUCGGCUUUCACGUUUUCGCCUUCCGAGAUUUUGGCAAAGGCAGCAUCAAAAAGGUCCGCAUGAGCCCGGACGCCUUUAUCCAGCUAGCACUGCAGCUAGCCUACUACAGGGACAGAGGGAUGUUCUGUCUGACCUACGAGGCGUCCAUGACGCGCCUGUUCCGUGAGGGCCGAACUGAAACCGUGCGCUCGUGUUCCAGUGAGAGCUGUGCCUUUGUCAAAGCGUUUCACAAUGGAGAGCCAGCAGACGUGUGCAGGCGUCUGUUUCGUACUGCGGCUGAGAAGCAUCAGAUGCUCUACCGGUUGGCCAUGACUGGAGCUGGAAUAGACAGACACCUCUUCUGCCUCUACGUCGUCUCAAAAUACCUGGGGGUUGAAUCUCCUUUUCUCAAAAAGGUGCUGUCUGAGCCAUGGCGUCUCUCCACCAGUCAGACUCCGUUCCAGCAGGUGGAGCUGUUCGACCUCGUGAAUCACCCCGACUACAUCACUUGUGGAGGAGGAUUCGGUCCUGUUGCCGAUGAUGGAUAUGGCGUGUCCUACUGCAUCAUCGGAGAGAAGAUCAUCGCCUUCCACAUCUCCAGCAAGCGCUCGUGUCCUCAGACAGACUGCCAUAAGUUUGGGGCGCAGAUCAGGAAGGCAAUGCUGGAUCUUCUGCAGCUCUUGAUGGACGAGAAGAAAGAGGCGCCAAAGAGCGAGCAGAACGCCACCGCAAAGAAACAGAUGUAGAGCGGUGAAGCGAAUGAUGAAUUCGUUAGAAAAUCAGAGAUUUCAAAUUGCAGUUUAGUGUUUUUUUUUUUGUUUUUUUUUUAAGAUUCUUUUUUUGUGUGUGUAUGUGUGUGUGUUUGGCAGAACAAUGCAAGGGACCAGAGGCAGGAUAGAAUAACAGAAACAUGAAGAGAUGACUUGAAGGGUAAAGAAGAGAUUAUCGAGUCCUUGUUUUAAUCGCCUUGAGAGUCUAGGGAUUAAUAACAACCGCUAACAUAGGGUCCAACUUUCAGAAAGCUCCUGCAUUCCAGUUCAGUUUAGUUCAGCUCUGUAUCAAGUAUUCAAGUACUUAGGAAAUGAUUUUACUUAACGCAGCAUAAAAAUGACGAGGGGAGAAAAAAAAGCAAGCGAAUUGCAGUUUGGGAUUGUAAACAUGGACGAAAAAAAGGCGUCAUAGCUUAGAGAGAUGCUGUCUGUCUAUCUAGCUAAUAUCAUGCAUGCUAAGGAAUGAUUUAAGUUCUAUCAUACAGAUCUGACGUGUAUCAUUUAUUAUGGAGACAUUACGCGUCGUUUUGUCACAUUUAAUCCAAUCAUUUUACAUUUGUAAAAAAAAAAAAACUAUUACAUGAAAGCAUUAUCUUUACCAUCUUCUAUGUAUUUUUUUUUUCCACUUUCAACACUGCACUCGUGUUAUUUCAAACGUCCAACAGCUCCAUCGUGAAAGCUAAAUAAAAGCCUAGCGUCAAAUCUAAUCUACAUCAUUAGACGUUGAAUACGGAGCAACAGUACUGUAUUGCUAGAGGUCACAUGACCAAGACAAAGAAGCGACUUGUUGAAAGAAUGCAAGAAUGAAACUUCUGUCUGUCUUUUUUUUUUUUUUUCCUUUCAUGAACAAUGCAAACCUCACACUUUUACACUGGAAUGUACAAUUCUACAUGUAUUUAAAUAUUAAAAAUGCUUUUUAUAUGUAAGCUCAAUGUUGCGUACUAACACCGUGCAGUCAGUGAAUGCACUAGUUUUCAGAAUUUAACCGUGUCGUAGAUAAGACCACACUUGAUGUACAAAUCACCCUGAACGAUUUUUACUUGAAUGAUGAUGUUUUGUUGGUUUUUUUUUUGUUUUGUUUUGUUUUUUGUUAAAGGGAUAGUUAAGAGUUUUUAGGUCUGUCAUAAAUGAAAUCUGAGGUGCAUAAAUACAUUAUAGUAGGUAAAGGUUCUCUGGGUCUCACCUGAACGUUGGAAUGCAAAAUGAGGGUUGUGGAAUUUGGCUUCCGUUACUAACGUUGCACUUAAAUUCUGGGUGAUAAACUUUACUGUUUAUGUUCAGAUCAUAACGACAUAACGACCAAAACCUUUUGUAACCAACACGCACAUUAGUUUUGAUUUAAGACAGACUUUAAGAAGAAAAAAAACAACUAAAUUGUCUGUUCAGUAGUAUCGGUCAAACGAUUUAGUAUGAAGUUCCGAACCAAACAAAAGAAGAAAGAAAAAAAAAAGCUAGCCAAGACUGCAUAAUGCACGGUUUUAAAGAUGCGCAUGACUUGAUGGUAGUAAUGCCUGAGUGAUGGCUAAAAAUCUCGACCUGUGUAAGGAUCGCACCUGAAGGGAACCCAGUCUCACGGUUCUUAGUGACGGUGUGAUUUAACCACUGGAAUGAAUAUUUCUAAGAAGGAUCGAAGCUCGGUCAGAUGAAGGUCAGGAAGGCACCUGUGGAGGUUUUAAACCAGUGCAGCACUUUUCAUUGCCAGUGAGGCUGUUUUACUUCACACAGACUUGAUAAGAGGGGAUUUAUUAUGAUUAUUAUUAUUAUUACACUAGUUCAUUUUAAUUUGUUUUAUUACACUAGAUCACUUUUUUUUUCCUGUUGUCAUCUUAUAAACUUAGUAACCACUGAUUUCUCGUUGCUGUUUGUGUUAUUGAUUACGAUGUCAUAAUAAUGUCUGAAACAAUACAGAUAUUUGCAAUGUAUUUCGCUCUCUAAUUAUAACACACUUUUUUUUUUUUGCUCCUCCCAGCACUUAAUUAUCUCUUUCCUCAGAACGCUAGUUUGCCUCCGUCUUUAUUACACCCCUCUAGCGUUUUUAACCUUCUGUGCAGUAGGGCAUUAAGCUUUUCUCACUCUAUAGCGAGCAUCUGUAUUUUAUAUGUUCUCAUGAGAAAAAGAAAUGUGACCUCCUGAAAUCUUUUUUUUUUUUUUUUAAUAAAAAAGAGAUUGA